AUGGCAAGUGAAACAGAGAUCGGGUUUUACACGGAGGACCUUCGGCGUCUGUUGCACCUUGGCCGCCGCAAAGCGAUGGCCUGGAAUUCAGACACUGGCAACGUGGGAUGGGAGGAAGCCGCUAUUGACGCCACAGCAGAGGCAGCGUUUGAGGCCAAGGCUUUGGCUCUGGGUCUCAGCGGCGUGGUGCUGGUGGAGAAUGUGAAGCUGGCAGUGCCCAGCUUGGCGGGCUGCCUCCGGCGAGCCCUCAGCAGUGCGCUGACGGCUGCGCUGGGCGUCCAUAUGCGGAAGCGUCGGACGAGCACCACGAGCGCCACCAGCAACCUGAGUCGUAGCAGUCGCACAGCACAGGAGUCCCAUCAAGAAAUCAGCGUGCGCAUCCGCCCCGGUGGAGGGUCGGCCUUGGCCCGGAACUGCCCAGUGGGUGCGAGUGCUUUCAGCUUUGCCGUGCUACCUGAAGAUGAAGAUCGGGACAUGGUGGAGCGCCUGCGUGAGCACCUGCUGCUGGAGGAAGUUUAUUCCGGAGGCGUUUGUUUACUCCCCGAGUUGAAGGCCAAAUUGGAAGACCAUGGCAUCAGCUCCAAGUGCCGCCUCACCAUCGAGGUGACAGCUCCUGAACGUCCAGCGUCACCCGCUGGCUUGCACGGGACCAUCAUUGUCGAGAGCAAAGAAGGCUCUCCGAUGAAAAAAUGGCGGCCACUUCGGGUCCUCCAAGACCAUUUGCUGAUGUUUCUGAUGAACGCUUUUCAUGAGUAG